AUGGAACGUCCAAACCAUCCCACAACUUUAAUGAGCUCCCGCAAGUUAUUUCAGCAGUUUCUGGUAGAUGGAUUGACGAUGAUAGAGGCGGAAAGAAUAGGAUAUUUGAAGCUCAACCAAAAGGCUUUACAUGUUGAUAAAUACGUAAACGUCGAGGCGGCUGCUAAUAAAGGAAACAUGAACACCUCAAAGGUUGGUAGGCGUAUGGUGCUACCAUCUGCUUUUAUUGGUAGCGCACGAUAUAUCACAAGAUACCUACAAGCUCGAGGUCACCAAUCAACAGACAGAGCUGAUAUUAAGUCUAGAAUCUUCAAGAUUAAGCUAUACAAUUUGAUUGUUGAGAUAAAAAGAAAUAGUGUUUUUGGUCCUGCAACAGCAGUUUUGUACACUAUAGAAUUUCAGAAAAGAGGACUGCCAAAUGCCCAUAUUCUACUAUUUUUGCAGAAGGGAUCAAAACUGACAACAACUGAUGCCAUUGACAAUGUUAUUUAUGCUGAAAUUCCAGACGAAGCAACAAAUCCAACACUCUACAAUGUUGUCAAAGAAUUUAUGAUACAUGGACCAUGUGGGGUUGAAAAUCCACAUUCACCAUGUAUGGAUAAAGGAAAGUGCACGAAAAAGUUUCCUAAAGAGUUCAACAGCAGCACUUGCAUCAACAAAGAUGGAUUCCCAGUUUACAAGCGAAGAGAUGAUGGUCGAUCAGUUGAGAAAAAUGGAACUUUGCUAGACAACCGAUAUGUCGUUCCUUACAACCCAUAUCUACUCUUGAAGUAUCAAGGCCACAUCAAUGUUGAAUGGUGCAACCAAACAAAAGCAAUAAAGUAUUUAUUCAAAUACAUCAACAAGGGAAAUGAUCGUGUCUUAGCUACAACAAAGGACAAUCCAAAAAGAAAUGAUGCUGAGUUGCACAAUCAAGUAGAAAGUGAUGGAUCUUCAGACCCGGUAGUAGAACCAGUUAUAGAUGAAAUUAAGCGUUUCUAUGAUUUCAGGUACAUUGCACCGUGUGAAGCUGCUUGGAGGAUUUUUGGAUUUGAAAUACAUUAUAGUAGCGUUCAUAUUCAAAGACUGAAUAUUCAUCUAGAAGGAGAGCAUACUGUAUGUUAUGACGAGGAUGAAGAUGUUGAUGAUGUCCUAGCUAAAGAAGGAAAUCAAACCUCGCAAUUGUUAGAGUGGAUGAAAAUUAACAGCUCGGAAGAUGAGGAAUUAGCAUUCGCAAAAGAACUCACUUACGCUCAGUUUCCUUCUUGGUUUGUGUGGAAAAAGAGAAACAAAGAAUGGACAAUCAGAAAAAGAAAAGUUUCAUUCGGGAGAAUACAUCAUUUUACUCCAGCUGCGGGUAAAUUGUUCUACAUGAGGAUGGUUCUAAACAAAGCAAAGGGAGCUACAAAUUAUGAUGAUUUAUGCACUGUUGAUGGAAUCAUGUAUCCUUCCUACAAGGAAGCAUGUUUUGCUCUGAAUCUUCUUGAUGAUGACUCAGAGUAUAUUGGUGCAAUAACUGAAGCAACUACAACAAAGGACAAUCCAAAAAGAAAUGAUGCUGAGUUGCACAAUCAAGUAGAAAGUGAUGGAUCUUCAGACCCGGUAGUAGAACCAGUUAUAGAUGAAAUUAAGCGUUUCUAUGAUUUCAGGUACAUUGCACCGUGUGAAGCUGCUUGGAGGAUUUUUGGAUUUGAAAUACAUUAUAGUAGCGUUCAUAUUCAAAGACUGAAUAUUCAUCUAGAAGGAGAGCAUACUGUAUGUUAUGACGAGGAUGAAGAUGUUGAUGAUGUCCUAGCUAAAGAAGGAAAUCAAACCUCGCAAUUGUUAGAGUGGAUGAAAAUUAACAGCUCGGAAGAUGAGGAAUUAGCAUUCGCAAAAGAACUCACUUACGCUCAGUUUCCUUCUUGGUUUGUGUGGAAAAAGAGAAACAAAGAAUGGACAAUCAGAAAAAGAAAAGUUUCAUUCGGGAGAAUACAUCAUUUUACUCCAGCUGCGGGUAAAUUGUUCUACAUGAGGAUGGUUCUAAACAAAGCAAAGGGAGCUACAAAUUAUGAUGAUUUAUGCACUGUUGAUGGAAUCAUGUAUCCUUCCUACAAGGAAGCAUGUUUUGCUCUGAAUCUUCUUGAUGAUGACUCAGAGUAUAUUGGUGCAAUAACUGAAGCAAAUUAUCUUAUGUCCGAUGAGCAAAUCAAGAAUCAAAUUUGUUUGAGACUGAAAGACUUUUACUCUCUAAUGGAAGUUCUCUAA